GUGGGGCAGAGCUAAGCGGACAUGUCCCUUUUAGGGAAAUUCCGUCCAGCUCUUAGUGGAAGUCCGCGCUAUAGGGAUUUCCGUAACAGGCAAAGGACGACGUGCGGCGUGUCGGGGACGCAGCUGCGGGCUCCUACGAAGCACAACAUUGUCGAAGGGGGGAGCUCAGCCGCCGGCUUACGGGCCAGCGUCACACGUAUAUUAACAGCAGAUUUGGAUGGUCCGAGUCCUCUACCGGGCAAAAGGAUAGCUUCCAUGGUAUCCGAUCGCAUCGCAUCGACACCCAAUACCUAUCCGGAUCUCCGCCACCAUGCUCUCGACAACAAGAACCACAAGCUUAAAGUUGCGGCCACGCUCUCUCUGGCCUGCUGUCUCCCAGUGUCAGCAUCUCUUUUUGACAGGGCGGACGGUAACAGAAUGCAAAAAAGACGGUGAUAUCUCCUCCGUAUUCCGAUCGCUUUCCGGAGGCAGCCAUGCGGAAUCCCUUCCCCCCCGAUUUGCGGACGUGAAGCGAAGUCUUCUGGCCCGGGCACAAAACAGAGAUGUCUUGUACGCCAGCUGGAACCGCCUUCUGCAGCGCCUUCAGGAGGACAUUAGGAUCAUCCGAGAUAAGCGGCCGACCAUUAUCCCUGAAAUUCAAUUUUCAGACCUCGACAAACCUUCAUCGGACUUCAGCAAGGCCUUCAAGAAACGCGGCGUCGCCGUGAUACGCAACGUUGUGCCGGAAAAGGAGGCCCGAUCCUACAAGGAGGACGCCGAGAAAUAUAUUGCUGCCAACCCAUCUACCAGAGCGUUCCCCCCUCACGAUCCGCAAGUCUUUGAGCUAUACUGGUCCCGCCCGCAGCUCACAGCACGAGCGCACCCGAACAUGAUCAAGACGCAGAGGUUCCUCAUGUCAUACUACCAAUCCUCAAACCCGGACGCCGAAUGCUCGACACAAAAUCCCCUUAUGUAUGCCGACCGUCUCCGAAUCCGCCAGCCGGGUGACGCCGGCUUUGCUCUCGGCCCGCAUGUCGACGGAGGCAGCGUCGAGCGCUGGGAACCUGAAGGCUAUGGCCGGGGCCGCGUCUACGAUAAGAUCUUCGACGGAGCCUGGGAGGACUUCGACCCCUGGGAGCUGAGCACCCGCCUCGACGCCGUCUCGGACCUCUACCAGGGCGCCGGUGCCUGCUCUAUGUUCCGCAUGUUUCAGGGCUGGCUCAGCAUGUCCUAUACCGGGCCUCACGAGGGCACCCUUCUCGUUAACCCGCUCUUUAACCUCACCACCGCCUAUUAUCUCCUUCGACCCUUCUUUACCCCGAAGCAUAGCCCUCCCGCCACCUCCUUCUCCCCCGAAUUUCUCGACCCCCAUAACUGGACCCUCGAAAACCCUAUAACGCCGGACCUUCAGGGCAGCUCCCCGGGCCACUGCCAGGAGCUGCGGCCUCGCUGGCACCCGCACCUCGACCUGCCUAACACGAUGGUGCACGUUCCCCGUAUCGCACCCGGCGACUACGUCGCCUGGCAUUGCGACACGAUUCACGCCGUCGACGCCUUGCAUCGUGGUAAACGCGAUUCCAGCGUCAUGUACAUCCCCGCUUGCCCGACAACCCGGGCAAACCUCGAUUACGUGGUGCGUCAGCGCCGCUGCUUCGAGCAGGGCAUCCCUGCGCCGGACUUCCCCGGUGGUAAGGGCGAGAGCGAGCAUGUUGGUCGUCCUGGAAUCCAGGAACUGAAAGAUAUUUCCGAAGUCGACGGUCUACGGGGAGCUGGCUACGCGCCGUUCGAUGUCGUGACUGCGACAUCUCGAGGAGAAGCUGCGGUUCUUGCGUAUGGGAGCAAGCUGUUGGGAUUCUGAAUUUUAUAUAUUCGUUGAAGGGGAGUUUUGUCUUUGCAUCAAGGAAGGCUACGAGUAGUAGGUGGUGGAUGGCCAUAGAACCCAUGUAAUGUAAGCCGUGAUGACAGAACAGGCCUAAUAGUUAGGAUCCUCGUGGUAAUAUGUCGGCCAGCCGCG